AUGAUUUAUUCUUAUCCAGAUAUAUCAGUAUAUGACCAAUUGCAACAAUUACAAGCUGAAUUUAAUGAAGUGAAAAAUGAAAACAAAAUUUUGAAAAUAUCUGGACGACUUUUACUCGAACGUGCACCACAAUUGAUUACUAUGCGUCCGUAUGCAAAUACACUACAAGAAACUCUUGAUUAUAUAAUUCAAAAACAAGAAAAUGAAAUUCAUCGUUUACAUGAUGAACUUCAACGUGAAAUCUAUCGAUGUUUUGAACGAAUUAAUGAUUUAGAAUUAUUAUGGAAAGGACAAGUACAACAGUUUUUGAAAAGUUCAGAUAAAUUAUAA